GCUGCGUGGGUAGGAAACUUGGCUCUGGUCAGAGAACUGGGAACCAGUGGGUACCUUCUACUGUUACCGUGCGGCGUACCAAGUCUGGCUUGUCACCACAAACCCGGUAUGAUCCUGUGGUGAUGUGGACCACUGGCUCAGUGCCGCUGUCGUCCCGCAGUGCCUUUGCGAGUCUUGACCGGCCGAGACCCGCCGCCAUGGCCUCAAUGUUUCCCCUCUGCACAUCUGUCAGACUCUCGGCUUUGGUAACUGUCAUCUUGCUCCUGAUGUUUCUGACCACGGUUCAGUCCUCUCAAGGCGACAAAGAGCCGGUUUACCGAGAUUGUGUGAAGCUUUGCGUCCGGACGAACUGCACAGGCGCGAGGCUGCGAGGCUUUCAGUCCACCCAGCCGCAGUACAUGGUGCUGACAGGUUGGACGUGUCGUGAUGACUGUCGCUAUCAGUGCAUGUGGACCACUGUGGGCCUUUACCAGGCUGAGGGGUACACAGUACCACAGUUCCAUGGCAAGUGGCCAUUCGCACGCUUCCUGUGUUUUGAGGAACCGGCAUCUGCGCUGGCGUCUCUGCUCAACGGCUUGGCUUGCCUUCUGAUGCUGCUGCGCUAUCGAAGCACGGUGCCACGCCAGAGCCCCAUGUAUCACACCAUCAACGCCUUCUCUCUGGUAUCUCUGAAUGCGUGGUUCUGGUCUACAGUGUUUCACACCAGGGACACCUAUCUCACUGAGAAAAUGGACUAUUUCUGUGCUACAGCAGUCAUUCUUUAUUCAAUCUACCUGUGUUGUGUCAGAACUUUAGGUCUGAGGCGACCUGGGGUGUCCAGCAUGGUGGGUGUCCUGCUCAUCUUGGCCUUUACGUCGCAUGUGUCCUACCUGACCUUUGUCAGCUUUGACUACGGCUACAACAUGGCUGCCAAUGCCACCAUCGGCAUGGUGAACCUGCUGUGGUGGCUGUGUUGGUGCUGGCAGAACCGUCGGACUCUUCCAUACUGGUGGAAGUGUGGCCUGGUGGUGGUGCUGCUUCAUGGUCUGGCCCUGCUGGAGCUGCUGGACUUCCCCCCACUGCUCUGGGUCUUAGAUGCUCAUGCUGUUUGGCACCUCAGCACCAUCCCAGUGCACUUCCUCUUCUACAGUUUCCUGAUAGAUGACAGCCUCUACUUACUAAACACAGAGAAGAUGGGUGUAAAAGUCGAGUAGGAGUUCAUCGCGUCUUCAUCACAUCUCCACCUCCACUACUCUCCAGUCAUUGCAACCAGACACCUGAACACUGAUGUAGCUCAUCCUCCCAGAUGACGUGCAUGGCAUUAUUAACUAUCAUCAAAGUAGACUUUGUUUACAUUUUCUACUUUUUUUAUGUUUUAUUUCUAUUGCAUUUCUUUGGUUCUCUCUUUAAAACAGUUGUCAUGAUUGAAGCUUGCUCUACUUUGCCUUGUACUGCCAUGUGUGCUGUUUUUCUUUCAUUAUUUAUGACAACUGUAACACAGGUUGAAGGAAAAGUCUACUCAACUUCCAGCUGAGUUUGAAUCCAGUUUCAUAGUGGCUUGUGUGGACUUGUGAAACUCAUCCUCUGAGUUAAGAACCUGACUCCAGCUACCACAUGCUCCACUGUGCACAAAUAGCAGUUUGCUGCAGCUGACAAUAGAUGGCACCAGCUGAGCGGUCAGACACGCCUGUGCUCUGCAACACGUGUCAUUUGUGCCAAAAGUGGGACAGGCAGACCCAGAGAGGUGCCCCUUGUGAUGAAGAGGCUGCCAGCUGAUUGUUCUAGAGAGAGGGAGAAGAGGCUUUAUGUUGGAGGCCGUUUGAGCUGACUGUGUUUUUCUUUUUCUUUUCUCACUAUCACCUUUAUUUUUGUGCCUCUUGUUUCCAUUGCUGCUGUUGUUUGUCGUUCUUUAUUCUUUACCAUCACUCAGUUUUAUUUUUACUUUAACCAUUUGCCUUAGUUGAUUGUUAAAUUUGUUGUUUAUUACUUUGUGCUUUAUUUUGCUUUACUUUAGUUACUUGAGUUUGAAUUUUGGGUGGGACAACCAUAACAUGAAGAUAUUUUUAUUCACCUGUAUUGCCUUUUAGUGUGAGGAAUAAUUGAGGUAAGGGGUGAGGGGAGAAAAAGCAGUUCUACAGGAAUAUUUUUUUUUCCACAUCAAGAGUUUCUUAUAUAUUUUGGAGUUCUCAGGCAUUUGUUUUAUACAUAUCAUUUUUAUUUUGUUGCUUUUUUUGCUGCAGUAUUCUCAAAAUGGUACACACAUAACAGACCAGCUGUUGCACAGAUAUCUACUGUAUAAUUUAAAAAAAAAUCCACUUCCAUCCAUGUCUGCCUUACACUCUGUAUUAUAACUUGCCUGUCCAUGAGCAUGAUUCUUCUCCUUUCAAAUCUUUUAUUUUUUCUUGGAAAUGACACCAAAGUUUUAAAUUCAUUCCACAUAUAUUUUCAUCCACUUUUUAGCUUUCCCUCCACAUGUGCACUUUACGAGUGUGUGUGUGUAUAUUUACAUGCGUUGUUGUUCAAAGUUCUGCCCAGGUUUUUGUACAUCCAUUUGGGAAUCUGAACAAUGACCAGUAUGUGUGUACACGUUGCCUUCUCUGGACAUUGUUUUGUGUGUUUUUUUUGUCUUUUUUUUUUUUUGUCAUCACAAACUGAAUCACUGUGCGUGUGAGAGAGAUCUAGACUGUGCCAAAUCCCUUUGUAAAAGUACUGUAGUGUGAGGGAUGGUGUGUGUGUGGAUGUAUACAUAUAUAUAUACUGUAUAUAUAUAUAUAUGUAUGAGGUUUUCUAGCCAUGUGUGAAAUGAUGGGUAAAUUUAGCUUUGCUCAUAGCUUAGGAUGGGGGUGGGGAGCAGAGACAAUGAAAGCCAUGGAGAGGUUUCUGGGUGUGGGUGGCAUAAAAGACUAAUCAUGGAAGAUAUUGCAAUGUUGUGAUUUAAAACAAUAAACAAUAUAUAUUAGAUGUAUGAAAUGUCAUCAGCCAGAAAUGCUUGUAUUCUCACUUUUAGGAAUGUUGUAAAAGCACUGAUGUUCAUGAAAUGUUGUACCAGGUCACAAUUUGACUAUAAAUGCAUUUUAAUGAUCAAAUAAAAAAAAUGGGUAUAACAAUAACAGAGAAGAACAUCACCAUGACAACUAGAAACAACCCUUUGUCAACAGAUUAACCAAUGGUAUCCAUACAUGCUGUAAUAAGUUAACGAUUUCCUCUAGAACUAAGAAACUCCAGUUUGUUCUUUAAUUCAUUUCAUUCUUCCAUGACAGUCAACACAUCCCUCCUCUGCUGCCCUCUGCCUGCUGCCCCAUGCACCAUCACUUCUCACACUAACCCAUCCCUCCACCUCAUAUCUAAUAUUUGAACAAGAAAAAAAAACUUAUGA